GCCUGCGCGUGCGUGUUGCGCGUGCGCACUCUCUCCUCUCCGCCCCCGCGCAGGCUUCUCUGGCCAGUCGCGCGUGGGCUGAGGCCCUGGGCGGGCGUUGCGAAGGGUUGUUUGCUUCAGUUCCGACCCCUCUACUUUCCGAAGUUCCCUCCCUCGGAGGGGGCGCAUCACCUAUCUAGGGUGAAUGAGUUGUUUCGUGAGCUGCUGAGGGCAGGCUGGGUAGCACCGGGACCGCGGCCAUGAACUCACCCGUGGACCCCGGCGCUAUGCAAGCGCUAAAGAAAAAGCCACCCGAGCGGACUUCCGAGGACUUAAAUACUAUUUAUUCUUAUCUUCAUGGAAUGGAAAUAUUAUCAAAUCUCAGGGAACAUCAGCUUAGAUUAAUGUCUGCAAGAGCACGCUAUGAGAGAUACAGUGGCAAUCAGAUUCUUUUUUGUUCAGAAACUAUUGCCAGAUGUUGGUAUAUCCUACUUUCUGGAUCUGUGCUGGUGAAAGACUGCAUGAUCUUGCCUCCUUGCAGUUUUGGUAAGCAGUUUGGAGGAAAAAGAGGAUGUGAUUGUCUUGUAUUAGAGCCUUCAGAAAUGAUUGUGGUAGAGAAUUCCAAAGAUAGUGAAGAUAGUGUUCUGCAAAGAGAAAUUCCUGUCAGACAGUCUCGAAGAAGAUUUCGGAAAAUUAACUGUAAAGGAGAGCGCCAAACUAUUACUGACAAUGUGGACAUUAACAGCUAUCUUUCUCUUCCCGCUGAUCUUACCAAGAUGCACCUCACAGAAAACCCACAUCCACAAGUGACUCACGUGUCUUCUAGUCAGUCUGGUUGUAGCAUUGCCAGUGACUCUGGGAGCAGCAGUUUAUCUGAUAUCUACCAGGCUACGGAGAGUGAGGUACUAGAUGUAGAUUUAACACGUCUUCCAGAAGGACCUGUUGAUUCCGAGGAUGAAGAAGAGGAAGAUGAAGAAAUUGAUCGAACAGAUCCAUUGCAGGGGAGAGAUCUUGUUCGAGAAUGUCUUGAAAAAGAGCCUGCAGACAAAACUGAUGAUGAUAUUGAACAACUACUGGAGUUUAUGCACCAGCUCCCUGCUUUUACAAACAUGACCAUGUCUGUAAGGAGAGAACUCUGCUCAGUGAUGAUUUUUGAAGUGGUAGAGCAGGCUGGAGCUAUUAUUCUCGAAGAUGGGCAAGAGCUUGACUCAUGGUAUGUUAUUUUAAACGGCACUGUAGAAAUCAGUCAUCCAGAUGGAAAAGUUGAAAAUUUGUUUAUGGGAAAUAGUUUUGGAAUUACUCCCACUCUGGAUAAGCAAUACAUGCAUGGAAUUGUCAGGACUAAAGUAGAUGAUUGUCAGUUUGUCUGCAUAGCCCAGCAAGAUUACUGGAGAAUUUUAAAUCAUGUGGAAAAAAAUACCCAUAAAGUUGAGGAGGAGGGAGAAAUUGUUAUGGUGCAUGAGCACCGUGAACUAGACCGGAGUGGAACCAGGAAAGGACAUAUUGUAAUCAAGGCAACACCUGAGCGUCUCAUCAUGCACUUAAUAGAAGAACAUUCCAUCGUGGACCCAACUUAUAUAGAAGAUUUCCUAUUAACUUAUAGGACAUUUCUUGAAAGUCCUUUGGAUGUUGGGAUCAAGCUAUUGGAAUGGUUUAAGAUUGACAGCUUAAGGGAUAAGGUAACACGGAUUGUGUUAUUAUGGGUAAAUAAUCAUUUCAAUGAUUUCGAAGGUGAUCCUGCUAUGACUCGAUUUCUAGAGGAAUUUGAAAAAAAUCUGGAAGAUACGAAAAUGAAUGGUCAUCUCCGCUUAUUAAAUAUUGCCUGCGCUGCAAAGGCUAAAUGGAGACAGGUUGUGCUUCAGAAGGCUUCCCGAGAGUCCUCUCUGCAUUUCAGCCUUAAUGGAGGAAGUGAGAAGGGAUUUGGCAUUUUUGUUGAAGGAGUAGAACCUGGUAGCAAAGCUGCUGAUGCAGGACUGAAACGUGGUGAUCAGAUAAUGGAAGUAAAUGGACAGAACUUUGAGAAUAUUACAUUUGUGAAGGCCCUUGAAAUUUUGAGGAAUAAUACUCAUCUUGCUCUUACAGUAAAGACCAACAUUUUUGUAUUCAAAGAGUUGCUUGGUAGGACUGAACAAGAGAAAUCUGGUGUUCCUCAUAUCCCCAAAAUCGCUGAAAAAAAAAGCAAUCGCCAUUCUAUCCAGGAUGUACCAGGAGAUAUUGAACAGACAUCACAGGAGAAAGGAAGUAAGAAAAUUAAAGCAAAUACUGUUUCGGGUGGAAGAAACAAAAUCAGAAAAAUUUUGGAUAAAACACGAUUUAGUAUCCUACCUCCAAAACUAUUUAGUGAUGGAGGCCUAAGCCAAUCACAAGAUGACAGCAUUGUGGGGACAAGGCACUGUAGGCACAGUCUGGCCAUAAUGCCUAUUCCCGGAACACUCUCAUCCAGUAGCCCCGAUCUCCUGCAGCCUACCACCAGCAUGUUGGAUUUUUCCAAUCCUUCAGAUAUUCCUGAUCAAGUUAUAAGAGUUUUCAAAGCAGAUCAGCAGAGUUGCUACAUUAUCAUCAGUAAAGACACUACAGCUAAAGAAGUAGUUUGUCACGCUGUCCAUGAAUUUGGUUUGACUGGUACCUCCGACGCAUAUUCUCUCUGUGAAGUUUCUGUUACUCCUGAGGGUGUCAUAAAACAGAGAAGACUUCCGGAUCAAUUCUCCAAAUUAGCAGAUAGAAUUCAACUCAAUGGAAGGUAUUAUUUAAAAAAUAAUAUGGAGACAGAAACUUUGUGUUCAGAUGAAGAUGCUCAAGAACUAGUUAAGGAAAGCCAGCUAUCCAUGCUGCAGCUCAGUACCAUUGAGAUGGCCACCCAGCUGUCAAUGAGGGACUUUGAUUUGUUUCGCAAUAUUGAGCCUACUGAAUACAUUGAUGACCUUUUUAAGUUAGAUUCCAAAACAGGAAAUACUCAUUUAAAAGAAUUUGAGGACAUCGUAAACCAAGAGACAUUCUGGGUUGCUUCAGAGAUUUUAACUGAAUCAAAUCAGCUCAAACGAAUGAAGAUUAUUAAGCAUUUUAUUAAAAUUGCACUUCAUUGUCGAGAAUGUAAGAAUUUCAAUUCCAUGUUUGCCAUAAUAAGCGGCUUGAACCUGGCACCUGUAGCACGACUCAGAGGUACUUGGGAAAAGUUACCAAGCAAAUAUGAGAAACAUCUCCAAGAUCUACAAGACCUUUUUGAUCCAUCUAGAAACAUGGCAAAGUAUAGAAAUAUUCUUAGUAGUCAAAGUAUGCAGCCUCCAAUUAUUCCUCUCUUCCCUGUUGUCAAGAAAGAUAUGACAUUUCUACAUGAAGGGAAUGACUCUAAAGUAGAUGGUUUAGUAAAUUUUGAGAAGCUAAGAAUGAUUGCCAAGGAAAUACGCCAAGUUGUUCGAAUGACUUCUGCCAACAUGGACCCUGCUAUGAUGUUCCGACAGAGGAAGAAGAGGUGGCGGAGUCUGGGGUCAUUGAGUCAGGGCAGCACAAAUUCGAACAUGCUGGAUGUUCAGGGAGGUGCUCACAAAAAAAGGGCACGCCGCAGCUCUCUGCUUAAUGCUAAGAAGCUCUAUGAAGAUGCCCAAAUGGCAAGGAAAGUGAAGCAGUAUCUGUCCAGUCUGGAUGUAGAGACAGAUGAAGAGAAGUUCCAGAUGAUGUCAUUGCAGUGGGAACCUGCAUAUGGUACCUUGACCAAGAAUAUAAAUGAGAAAAGAUCAGCCAAAUCAUCUGAAAUGUCUCCAGUGCCUGUGAGGUCCACUGGCCAAACAGCUAAAGCCCACUUGCAUCAGCCCCACAGAGUAAGCCAGGUGCUUCAGGUGCCAGCUGUUAAUUUGCACCCCAUCAGGAAGAAGGGACAAACAAGAGACCCUGCAAUGAGUACAAGUUUACCUCAGAAAGUUUUAGGAACAGCUGAAGAAGUAAGUGGUAAGAAACAUACAGAAGACACUGUUUCUGUGGCAUCAUCCUUCCAUUCCAGUCCUCCUGCAUCUCCUCAAGGUUCCCCCCGUAAAGGUUACACACUUAUACCAUCAGCUAAAUCUGACAACUUAUCUGAGUCCAGUCAUAGUGAGAUUUCUUCCCGGUCCAGCAUCGUGAGCAAUUGCUCUGUUGACUCCAUGUCUGCAGCUCUACAGGAUGAACGGUGUUCCUCCCAGGCUCUGGCAGUUUCUGAAUCCAAUGGGGCAUUGGAAAAGACGGAGCACUCUUCAGGGAUGGGAGACCAUGGUCACCUUGGUCCUGGGUGGGCACUCUCAAAGCCAUCUCUAAUUAAAGGGUUAGUUGUCUCAUCUUCUACGAGCAAUGAAGAGAUUUCUCACGAGCAUAUCGUUAUAGAAGCAGCUGACAGUGGUCGUGGGAGUUGGACUUCCUGUUCAAGCAGCUCUCAUGACAACUUUCAAAGCCUUCCAAACCCAAAAGGCUGGGAUUUUUUGAACUCUUACAGACAUACCCAUUUAGAUGACCCUAUUGCUGAAGUUGAACCCACUGACUGUGAGCCCUAUUCCUUUCCGAAAGGCUGCUCUAGAACUUGUGGUCAGUGUAAAAGCAGCCUAGAGACUAAUCAGUUAAGACAGAGUUGGGCCUCCUCCAGUUCUCUGUCUGACACCUACGAACCAAACUAUGGAACAGUUAAACGGAAAGUGUUGGAGAGCUCCCAAAUCGAGUCAUCUGAAGGCUUGGACCCCAAGGAUACCACUGAUCCAGUGUAUAAAACUGUUACUUCUAGUACGGAAAAGGGCUUGAUUGUGUACUGUGUCACCUCACCCAAGAAGGACGAUAGGUAUAGGGAGCCACCUCCCACUCCUCCAGGAUACAUGGGGAUUUCUUUAGCGGACCUAAAGGAAGGCUCCCACCCGCACCUAAAACCUCCAGAUUAUAGUGUGGCGGUGCAGAGGUCAAGGAUGAUGCAUGACAGCCUCUCUAGACUGCCACCAGCUUCUCUCAGUAGCAGCCCUGAGGCCUGUGUUCCAUCGAAGAUUGUAACUCAGCCUCAGAGGCGUAAUUUGCAUCCAUCCCCUUCUAAACUAGCAGAUGUGACUGAUGCAGAUAGCGAAGCAGAUGAAAAUGAACAAGUUUCAGCUGUGUAGCUUGUGGAUGACCCAUUUGAAGACUGUGGAAAGUCAUGGAGAUGUGGGCAGAACCACCUCAUGAUUCUGCAGGCCAUUGCCAAGAACAGCUCCCUGCUGCUGCUGACCAGAGGUUUUGUUCCUGUGCUCUCAGCAGUGAGACAGACCUGAGUCAUGCCUCCUUCUGUUUAAUUCCCACGGACAAGCAGUUCCUCAGCUGUGGAUGCCGUUCCCUAUCUCAGUCUCCACAGUGCACACCAGACCUGCCCAGGGACCACAGUUACAGAAAAAGUUUUCUUUUAACAAUUUAUUUUAAAGAUAAUGUAUUAUUAUUUUCAAACCAUAGCUUGGGCUAAAGGACAAAUUCAAAAUGUCUUCCAGUGCCAAGGAUACCCAUAUGUGUUUGAAAAGUAACUUAUUAUUUGAAGUGUUGUGGUUUUGUUUGUAUUUGAGAGCUCUUGUUAGCUGAUAUUUAUAUUUGAGAUCACAAAACUGGUCUGAACAAACAGAAGUCAUCUUUGCAGAGACGCCAUGCUCAGUCUAUACAGAGAUAAAACUUGAUCUGUAGCACCAGUGCAAUGUAAGGUCUCAGUCUGAGUGGAAACCUCAGCCCUUUGUAGUUGAGGUUUUAGAGACUUGCUGGUGGUGGUGUAGGUGUAGGGAGGGCAGUAAGCUGCCACAGGAUUUCUUGUCCUUUGGGAAAGAGGUGGGGGUAGAAAUGGAGGAGUUGGAACCCUGAUUUCCAAAGAAUGAAAUUUUGAUGUUAAAUGAUGUGUACAAAUUCUGAAGUGAUAGUUAUGUUGCAUUGUAACUAAAGGUAUAAAUUCAAUGGAGAAUGGGUUCUAGAGACUUCUACACUAUAGAAACCCAAAACUAAAAUUUCUCACAACUCAAGUGUGGAGUUCUUUGUAUAAAGAAGUGUAAUCAUAGGUGUUGUAAUCAUGAAGAUGAAUUUUAUUCUGUGUCAUACCAACCCCACAUCUCAGAGCACCAGGUGGUAUUCAAUCUUGAUAAACCCUCAGCUACCUGCAGCAAAAUUUUGUGGGAGAAAGAGGAACUAGAAUUAAUUGAAAUGAUUAUCUCUUGGUUCUCAGUUUAGUCCUUAAGAGGACAUACCUUCCCGUCCUCUUGGGCAUGGCCCUCUUAAUUUAAGUAACUAAAAUUUCAGUGAGGUUUUACUAGAUGAGGUAGAUUUUUCUAUAUAUUAAGUUUAAAUAUUUUCAUUUGUUUUUUAGUGUAAAGGCAAAUGAGAUUUUAAUAAACUUCUGUGAUUACCAAAUAAAGAAAAAGCCAAAGCUGUUAAUGUGCACUACCCAGAUCAACUCAGAGCCAGACAGGGGGACUUCUGAGAGGUGGUCCUUACAUGUCCAUAUACACUGAGUGGGUUUGUGACUUCUUUUGCAGGCAUUUGUUCCCUUCUUCAUUCUUCCCUUUCCCUGCCUGUCUGUCCCACUCAUUUUGAAAUCAUAAAUCAGUUUCAAGUAGUAAAUGGUAGUAGUUCAUUUUUCCCAUCAAAAUGAUUGUCUCUUCAUUUUAGGAAAAAUAGUAUGUCUAAAAAAUUGCCCUGGGGAAAAAAGAUUUGUCUAAAACUUAAGCCUUAGAAAUCAACCCCAGGUGUGUGAGAUGAAGCUAGGUGGCUUCCGUAGCUUUCUUGGUCCUUUGAAAUGGAAAGUAACCAGAACCAAAAAUCCUAGUUUGAAAGUUACUUGCUAAAGUGGUUUGGCUUAUAAACGGUAGUACAGAGUCUUUCCUUCACUGUUUUAAGUAAGUUUGUUUUUAUGUCCACAAUAAAACAAAGAUGUUUGCUAUAACCACCUUUUUAUCAAGUUUGGGUUGGGUAUCUGUUCUCACCAUUUCAUAUUCAUUGCUCCAGAAAAAUGUGCUGUUUUUUGUCUUAUAACAAAAAAGUCUGCAAGCCAGCUGUCCAGGGCUGAUAGUAACUCCACAGUGCUGUCUUUCAAACCCAAUGGGAGCCUUACCUGUCUUUGUUCUUAAUAGCGCAAAAACUGUGACUAAACCUUGCAGAGAGCUGAAACCUGUGGUUUUGGAUUUGCACCUUGUGCGCCUUUGUUUCAUCUUGCUUUAACUGUGAGUGUUUAGAUCAGCCGAUCACAUUGAUCAGGAACUAAAGCCACAUGCUUUGUGGUUUGAUAUGUAUGUAUCCCCUGAAAAUCAUGAGUUUUUGAUUUUUAUAUUUUAAUUUAGGGUACAUGCCUGCUUUCUCUUAGUUUGUAAGGUGACUAGAACAAGAGAAGCCUUAACCUUAACCUGUGUUUGCUCCAAUUCCAAAUCCCCAUUUGUUUGGUUUUGUUUUUAUAAAUUUAUAAUUUUAAUGAAAUGGCGAGUGUCCUCUAUCCCCACCACAACUCUUAAAUCUGCUAAGAUUAUUGAAGUAGUAAAUCCUCAGUGCAGACUUUUGCCAAAUAGUAAGUAUAAGCAAAAUCUCUUCAUAAUAAAAGAUUUGGAAAAUUAGUGAAUUCAAUACAUGCUUCCAUAAAAUUAGCUUGAGACUCUGUAUCAAAAAAAAAAAAAGUUUACUAUAAUUAGUAGAUCUCAUUUAUUCAAAAUGAUGACUUUCAGUAUGAUCUUUGAGAAGUCACUAAUGAAUCUCAUGAGGGUGAUAAGUCACAUCAUUGUCAUUUCUAUCACCUCAAGACUCUCUCCCAGGUUUAAAAUGUGACUAUAAUCUUGGAGAUUUCUAAGAACAAGCCUAAUUUUUAUAAAGUAUUCUUCCCUUCGGGCGGCACCUGUGGCUCAGAGGGUAGGGCGCCGGUCCCAUAUGCCGGAGGUGGCGGGUUCAAACCCAGCCCCGGCCAAAAAAAAAAAAGUAUUCUUCCCUUCUACAUAAAAGGGAGGAGAAAAUAAUUUCCUAGUAUACUUAAAACAAUGUUUGUUACUCUAAGUUUCUAAAAAAUGUGAAGUUAAGGUUUAUGUAUUAUUUUAGCAAAACCUAAAAGGCUAGAAAAAGGGAAUAAAUCUUCAGAAAAGUUUCAUAGUACAUUUUCAAAUUUAAACUUGAACCCAGUUCAUCUUCAUCUUUGUUUGUGCAUUUUUUAGGUCUCUUUUCAUUUUUGAUAUACAAAAUGCAGUUGAUCUUUUAAAACUGAAACAUGUAAGCUUAUCAGCAAAAGACAAAAGCAAAACUGCACAGUUAUAAUAAUCAAAUAGCAAUUAUACUGCACAAUUCAUUGAUUGUAAGGUAUUCUGUAACAAGCAAUGUUUGUCUCCUAUUUUUUGAUACCUCUUAAACUUACGUCUUUUAGAAAGACAGUGCCUCUGUAUGCUUUUUGUAUUUUUACUAAAUGUAAAUAUUUGUUAUAUUUUUGGUUAAAAGGAUAUAAAAGUACCAUUUAUUAUUACCAUAUCUCCUAAUACAUUGGUGGACUCAAUAAAGAGUGUACA